UGAUUCUAGCUAAAGCAUUAAUCGCACGUAGAAGGCCCCAGGGGCACGUCAACGAUGGAAAACCGUCGCUAGAUAAGAUUACAAGUAUUAUUCGACUGAAAGCCAGCGUAUACGCUGUUUCUGAAAUUAAAUACCGGGAAAAAUCCAAUCCCUAAGAAAUGUCCGGUUUUGACGAAAAUCCCUUUGGGGAACCAGCUUUGAACGACCCAUUCUCGGAUCCCGCAGUUCGACAAGCCGCCAGCUCGACUCCUGCCAACAGGGGUAUCGAAGAUUACAAUCCCUUUGCGGACCAAGGAUCACAGGGGGCAACACAGGCAAGAGGAGCUUCGAACCCGCCCAUUUAUGGAGGUGUAGGAGCCACUCAACAACCUGCUACACUUCAGCCUACAAAUCAGGAGGUUCCACCACCUAAUUACACCCGAAGUGCGCAGCAGACAGUGACCCCUACACCUGCAGUUACCUCACCUCCAGCACCAGACCGUCGACAGGAAGAGGAAUGGAAAGCGAGGAGAGAUGAGGAAAUGAGAAAUACGCCAUACUAUGCAAGACGAAACAAUUGGCCACCAUUGCCUGAAAAGUGUUGUUUUCAACCAUGUGUCUAUCAGGAUAUCGAUGUUGAUAUUCCUGCUGACUUCCAAAAGAUUGUUAGACAACUUUACUACCUUUGGAUGUUUCAUGGAUGUGUGAUGGUGUUAAACGUGGUCGGUGGAUUUGCAUUGCUGCUACAUAGCCAAGGAUUUUCUACAUUUGGUCUUGCCAUCCUUUAUCUUCUGCUGUUUACUCCAUUUUCAUUCCUCUGCUGGUAUAGGCCGGCAUACAAGGCUUUCAGGAGUGACAGUUCUUUUAAUUUCAUGGUCUUUUUCUUCGUAUUCUUUUUCCAAUUCGUUGUGACGGUUAUUCAAGCUCUUGGGAUAUCUGGAUCAGGCACAUGCGGAAUAAUCAUAGCAAUUCAGUCAUUUGAUGGUACAGGAUCGGGAGUAUUUGUCGGUAUUCUUUUACUCAUUAUUGCUAUUGGCUACGCAGUGGCGGCAGUUGGUGACAUACUUUUGUUAUCCAAGAUCCACCGUAUCUAUCGCAGUACAGGGGCUAGUGUUGCAAAGGCACAACAAGAAUUUACCUCAACGUUCCUGCGAAAUGAACACGUGCAGAACGCUGCUGGAAACGUAGCUGCAAGUGCAGUUCGUUCACAGAUGGCUAACUCGAACCAACCACGAUAUUAAGCUAUUAGUCGGUUGUUCUAUUUAUCAG